CCCGCCUCCUCCGCUUCCGGUCGUGCCCGGACGCCUUUGUAGAGAACACCAGCCGCUUCCGGCGGCGGGCGGGCUUCGCCAAGCGCGGCGGGGAGGCGCGGGCAGGCCAUGGGGCGCAAGAAGGUGCGGCCGCGCCUGAUCGCCGAGCUGGCCCGCCGUGUGCGGGCCCUCCGCGAGCGACGGGAACGGCCACGCGACUCACAGCUCUACGCCCUGGACUACGAGACGCUGACGCGCCCGUACUCGGGACGCCGGCUGCCCAUGCGGGCCUGGGCGGACGUGCGCCGCGAAAGCCGCCUCCCUGCAGCUGCUCGGCCGCCUCCCCGUUCUUCGGCCUGGGGCCGCCUGGUCACGCGCAAGUCCUGGCUGUGGCAGCACGACGAGCCGUGCUACUGGCGCCUCACGCGUGUCCGGCCGGACUACACGGCGCAGAACCUGGACCAUGGCAAGGCCUGGGGCAUCCUGACCUUCAAAGACGGUUCCGCAAGUGUGUGCACUACGCCCGCCCUUCUCUCCCCAGGAAAGACGGAGAGUGAGGCCCGGGAGAUCGAACACACCAUGUACCACGACUGGCGGCUGGUGCCCAAGCACGAGGAGGCGGCCUUCACCGCUUUCACGCCGGCGCCGGAGGACACCCUGCGCUCCGUGCCCUACCCGCCGCUGCUCCGGGCCAUGAUUCUGGCAGAGCGACGGAAGAAUGGGGACCCCAGCACCGAGGAGCCCGUGCUGAGUCUGGAGAGAGUCCCCAUUGAGCCCUGGGACUACCCCGAGAAACAAGAGGCAAAGAAAAGGGCCAAGGGCACUCCUGUCUGAAAUGCCAGAACCGGCAGUUUGUGUAAAGGGUGCAAGGCAGUGGCCACCAUCCUGGUGAAUCAGAAUGUCUGUGUUGCUCCUGAGUCAGCCCCCGGGACCUCCGUGGCUUUUCUGAGACCGCACUGAACAGAGGGGCGCCAGACCCCGCGCCUGUCUCUCUCUGUCCCUGUUCUCCAAACCCAGAUCUGGCCGAGGGAGCGUUGGGAGAAGACCGACACCGUGCGUGUGGUCCGGUGGAGGGUGGUGGUUUCUUCCGGUCUGGAGUGUGCACGGGGCCCGCAGGAGGCAGCUGCUGGGGGAGAGCUGGCAGCAGCGGGGCUGCAGGUGUGGAGCCCCGGCGCGGGCACCUGUCACUUCCAGGUGGCAUCCCUUUCCCAUAUGCGUUGCUUCAGCCAGGACCGAAUCUUGAGAGCGAAUAAAGGCAAAUGCAGCA